UAUACUUGGGCUCUAAUUGGGAUUUUAAUUCGUGGUGUAGUAGUAGCAAGUCGGUCCCCAAGCUAACAUGUGACUUAAAUAUGCAACUUGAAGUCCCUAGGCUCUCCCAUCAAUUUGUUUCUUAGGAAACAUGUCACUAGUGACUAGAAAUGCAUGUUUCCAUGCUAACAUUCGAAUUGCUUCAGAAAUUCACGACUUGAACAUUCUAGAGUGAUUGGAGAUCGUGCAAGAAGCAAUAUCACCAUCCAUGGGUGUAGGUGAAACAAUCGAAUGCUUUACACGGUUAUUCUCUUUACUCUCUCCUCAAUCGUUAUUCUCUUUUUGUAAAUUUUUCUUUGGGGGUUGUAGCAACUUAAUUUUUUUUUAUUUGUCCAAGAUCGGGCAAGUAAGAGAGUCGCUUUUAGUGCUCUUUUCACCUACCUAUACCUCAGCCUCUUGUGGAGGGACCACAACAUGAAGAUGACCAACCUUCAUAUGAUAGGUAGCCAAAACUAAGUGGGGUGACUAAUGUGCAUCACCCUCUAAUUGGCACACGAUCGCUAAAUCACUAAAGUGCUAGUUUCGGGAAAUGGUAAACCUUGGACUCUCCAUAUUCCUUUCUCAUUCUUGUAGACCAUCUUGAGAUGUGUCUUGAGGGUCUCAAAUGUGAUCAGAAUGGUCCAUGUAUCCAAUCUUCUCCCCACAUUGCCAAAGUCUAUAUUGAGAUACUGGGCUAUGAGAGUGACGUAGACACCCCCAUGAAGGGUUGAGAGUCUGCUGUCUUUUUCAUACUGAUUUAGAAUCUUCAGAAUGGUGAGGCCUAGGUUAAAGGAACUCAGACUUUGCAUGCUCAAGAGGAAUGUAGCGUCUCUAGCAGUCAUAUUACCUUUGCUCCCAUACUUUCCACCCACGGAUCUAGAGAUAACGUGGUGAAUGAACCUCUAUUCCGGUUUCACUUCACUACCCUUCGACAGUUUCACAUCUCAUGCUCUUGCUCCAUGCACUUUAAGCUCUUCUUUGUAGAAAUAUCUGAAGUAUGUGAAAGCAUUCUCUAGAGUGAGGGCAACGAAGCAAUGGUGGAGUCCACGAACGCUGCAGGAUAAAUGUCAAAGGCCCUUAUAAACUCCUUGAUGGACAUUUGUUGGUGUAAUCCUUUGAGUUAGAAUUCAACAUUGGGGAACUUGUCUAUUGUGCCUUGAACAUCUUUAGUCAUCAGAGUGUUGAGAAACUUGAUUAAUACGAGACGGUUGAUCCUUUCCCGAAUGCUCAAGACCUUGAUCCACUCUGUCUUUACAAUCUUCGAGUGAAAUGGUUAGGUAUACAACCCUAUCACGUACUCAUAAUCGCGAUGCAUGUAAUUUCUAUACUACCUGCACCCAAUUACAAGUUAUUUGAUCCUCCCAUCUUUAGUUUCCACUUAGAUCUAAAAAUAAUAUAAUUCUAAACACCUUCAUUUCUCUUUUCCAAUUACAUAAAUACAUAUACAACACACGAUAACUAUAAGUUUCCCUUACAAUAAAAUUUGCUAUGUUUCUCAUAUUAUUCUAUAUAAUUUUCUCUUCAACUAUGUUAGAUUAGCUAUAAACUAAAUUUUAUUCUAAUUCGUGAGAUGGAGAUUAUCCACAGCUAUCCAAAAAUCGCUGGGAUGAAGAUAAAAACUUCCACCCACACAAGGAUGGAGAUUGGAGAGAGUAUAAAUUUAUGUUCAGAUAUAAAUGCGUUAUAACAAAAUCAGACCCAAACCCGUCCAUUCUUAUGCCGAAUUGGAACAUCGAGAAAGAAAGGUAAUUUGUUAAGACUGAAAUGUUAACAAAGAUUAGUAACGUGAUCUAUUGAUAUACAUACAACAAAUCUAUGCGACACACACAUAACUCCGAAUUUUGGUUUUGCGCCAGCUCAGGACAGGAGGAAAGCACAAAGCAGGUAGCCGUGACGAAACGGCAACCGUUUACCGUACAAACAACCAUUGAACGGUCGCGGAAGACGGACGGAGGAGAAAGAAGCCACAAGAAAGAGCAGCGCCACCAAUAAUUGAGAAUUUGAGAUAUUCUCCUUCCCUUCAAUGCCCAGAGUACCACCGCUAAUUUGAUUCCUCGUGUCUUUUAUCUUUCUUUCUCCUUGCUACUUCUUCUUCCUUGGGGCUUCUCUUCGUCGACUUUUUUCGAUUCCAGAACUAAAAACUCGCUGAAACUCGGCCGUCGACUCCUCGCCUCAUCUUGGGCCGUUUCUGGUAACGUUGCCCUCGAAGUCGCAGCCGCGCCGAGUGAGCAGCCAUUUGCCCGACGAAGAAUCAGAAUCACUCAGGUAUCCAUCCGCUGAUUGUGCGUGCUUCGAUUUGCUGUUUCGUAGAUCGUCUUCUUCGCUUUGCUUGAUCUUCGACUUCUGCCUCGAUUUCAACGCCGCCAUUUUUUUUGGAGGAUGUUUAGUGAGCCGCUGAAUCUUUUAGAUCGCUCUAGUUACUGUUUUGCUACGUCUUAGUGAUGCCGUUGUCAAAUUUCUGAGUCGAUGAUAGGUUUUUAUUUCUUUGUUUGGUUUUCUAAUUGAUGUCCAUGGCUGGCCAGCUGCUUGGCCCUGGAUCUUGUAGGGUUGGGUGACGACUAGUGCUGGGUGGUGGAACUAAUGUCUGCAUGGAUAAAAGGCAGCAUAUCGCGAUUUUCACUACUGCUAGCCUUCCAUGGAUGACCGGAACCGCCGUCAAUCCACUGUUUCGUGCUGUGUAUCUUGCCAAGGAUGGGAAAAGAGACGUCACUUUGGUAAUCCCAUGGCUGUCUUUGAAGCAUCAGAAGCUGGUUUACCCGAUUGAUGUUACCUUCAGUUCGCCCUCAGAGCAGGAAGCUUACGUUCGUCAAUGGCUUGAGCAGAGGAUUUCAUUUUCUGCUGAUUUCUCCAUUCGAUUCUAUCCUGGAAAGUUUGCUGUGGAUAAGAGGAGCAUUCUUCCUGUUGGAGAUAUCUCUGAAGUCAUCCCAGAUGAAGAGGCUGAAGUUGCUGUUCUUGAGGAACCUGAGCACCUUACAUGGUUUCACCAUGGCAAGAGAUGGAAAACCAAGUUUAGUCUAGUGAUUGGUGUUGUGCACACCAAUUAUUUGGCGUACGUGAAGAGGGAAAGUAACGGUAGAGUCAAAGCGUUGAUUCUUAGAUAUCUUAACACCUGGGUUGUUGACAUCUAUUGCCACAAGGUGAUUCGAUUGUCUGCUGCAACCCAGGAAUAUCCUAAUUCCAUCAUAUGCAAUGUCCAUGGAGUAAACCCUAAGUUCCUUGAAAUAGGAAAGAAGACAAUCGAGUUACAGCAAUCUAGUAAGAGGGCUUUCAGUAAAGGUGCUUACUACAUAGGUAAAAUGGUCUGGAACAAAGGGUACAAGGAGCUUCUUGACCUCCUCCGGAAACACCAAAAGGAGCUAUCUGGCCUGGAAAUAGAUUUAUAUGGCAGUGGCGAAGAUUCUAAUGAAGUUCAGGAAGCUUUUCAGAAGCUGGAUCUAGUUGUUAGACUUUACCCUGGCCGUGAUCAUGCAGAUCCUGUAUUCCAUGAUUACAAAGUAUUCCUGAAUCCAAGCACCACCGACGUGGUAUGCACAACAACAGCUGAAGCACUAGCAAUGGGGAAGCUCGUCGUGUGUGCUAACCACCCAUCAAACGACUUCUUCAAGCAGUUCCCCAAUUGCUGGACUUACGACGACAGCAAAGGAUUUGUAGAGGCCACCAACAAUGCAUUGAAGGAAGAACCUAGUGAACUCACAGAAGCCCAUAGACAUGAGCUAUCAUGGGAGGCAGCCACUGAACGGUUUCUGAGAGUCGGCGAUCUUCAUGGGGUGGCGGCCAAUUCAAGGAAACUAUCUAGACGUCCUUCAAAGCUCUUAGGGUCCACAUCUCUGAACCUGCAGAGGAACAUGGAGGACGCAUCAGCGUAUGUGCACUAUCUCGCCUCUGGGUUCGAGGCAUCGAGAACAGCCUUCGGUGCGAUUCCAGGGACCCUGCAACCUGAUGAACAGCUGUCUAAGGAGCUGGGCCUGCAGACUGCGGAAACACAGAAGCGUAGCAGUCACAGGUUUAGCUUUUAAUGUUCUAAAGCGGUUUCACCUGCGUCUUCCUGUGGAACAAUUCUGUACAUUAAUGGGGUUUGCUAUUAGACUUGAAUCUUAGUUGUUUGCAUAACUGUGGGCUAGCUAAGGCCAAGGGGUACGUGGGAGGAAAAGGAAGGAUUAGAAAUCAAACAUGGGAUGCAAAUUGCAUAGUAGUUUCUGCAUAUGCCAUUAUAUGUGUUGCUACAUUUGCCUCCCGAUUAUAUGUUUGCUUCAUUUGCCUCCCGAUUGACGUGCCUCCAAGUCCCAUUACCCAAAUCAUGUGUAUGUCGCCUUAUACAUUGACAAAUGAUACCCUAUUCCAGUGUGAAUGACUUUCGCAUUCUGCAGCUUCUGAAGUUCUGAGUCAGUGUGGGCACUUAGAUCUCUAUGAUCGGAUUCAUAACUUGGAUUUGUAAUUUGUUUGGCAAUAUGCAACCCGAACUCAGCCGCCAUAGCUUCAGUUGUUUCAGCCUCCCAUUGGCUCUGCAAUCUUCUUAGCAGCCAUGAGAAGGAAGUGUACCUGAGUUCCACUUAUCUCUUUUCGAAACAGCUUACCAGAUCAAAUUUCCUAUGAGUCCGGCAAACUCAUUCGUACUCACCAAAAAAGUGAAAAACAUGAACGUGCGUCUGCCGAAGGCCACAAAAAAGGGGCACUUUUCAC